AUGGAGCUGCCAAUCAAUAGUCAGGUAUACAUACCUAUACCACAUUAUCCACCGUUCAAGUUACGAUCGUCGCUCAUUGAUAAAGAUCCUGUGAUUUGGGUUCAUCUUUUGGAAGCAUAUAUUAAGUUAAUCAAGUACCUUUUACAGAAUGAUGUUAAGAUAUUAACCUUUAAAUCAUUUCAACAAUUGAUUAGGUUUUUGAAAGUAUAUCUUCAUGAGACUUCAUUAGAGUCAUCACGAAUCUUUUCCCUUGGUGCUAUUAACCCUGAUAUUAAGACAAAUACUUCAAUUUUAAGAACUUAUAUAUUUCAAUUUUUAAAGUCAUUUGGAAUAUUAAGAUUUAUUGAAGAUAAAGAUGAUGAUGGAGAAAUGAUUUGGAAUUUCGUAUCGAUAUACAUCAAGAACAAUGGAUCUGUUGUUAAAACUUUAUUAAAUUAUGAUUCAAUCAUUUCAAAGUUACAAAAUUAUCUUCAUUUUAAAAUUUUAAAUAAUGAAUUUUCAAACCUUGAUCAAGAAAUUUUCAUCAUGUUAUUAGAUCCUCAAUUAACUAAAGUUACAAAGUUCAGUAUUGAUAGUACUGAAGGUAUAAAGUCAUCAAGAGUGAAACCUAAAAAUAAUGUCAAUUCAUUCACUGCAUCAUUUGUUAAUUCUUAUUGGAUUAAGCUAUUGGAAAAUUUAUUCUCAACUAUUUAUAAAGAUAUAUCGAAGGAUUUAAUGAUUAUUUCGAUAUUAUCAAUCAAUAUAAAUCAAUUAACAACUUUAGUUAAAGAUCAAUUAUCCAUCAAUUCCAUACAGAGUUUAAAGAAUAAUCCAUUGUUUGGUUCCAUAUUAAUCUCCGAUCAAAUUUUAGACUAUUUCCCAAACUUAUCUCAAAAGUUACCCUUAUUAAAUAAUAUUAGGUUCAAGAGUGAAGAUCCAAAUGCUGAUGUUGAUGUCAAUGAAGAUGAUAUUUUCACACUUAUUGAUUUAUUCCCAAAGUUAAGUCAAGUAAGAGCUAAGUCAUUAUUAAUCGAUCAUGAUCAGAAUGUGGAAGCAUUGACUAAUUUAUUGUUGGAAGAUCCAUCGAUUAUUGAUAAAAAAGAGGAACCAAUCAAAAAGAAACCAUCUAAGCAACCUUCGACUGAUACGAUUACUCAUCGUUCAAAAUAUGAUGAUGAUAAAAUUUCAAAACUCGAUUUUUCAGAUACGACUGUUAUUGUAGGUAAGAAACAACGUAAGCUGGUGAAAUUAGAUAAGAAUAAUUUAUUAAUAUCUUCUUUGAAAUUGUUGUAUGAUGAAGAUGAAGAUGAACCAGAUGAUACUUAUGAUGAUCAAGAGAUCACUACUGGAAUUGAAUCCAGGUCUAAUACUCCAGCACCUCAACUGAAAGUUGAUGGUAAUGAAUUGUUCUUAUUCGGUAAGCUUAAAGCAAAAGGAGAACAAUUGUUCAAUAAAGCAACUAGAGGGAAACCUGAGAGACAAGAGCUUAAAACACGUACAAAAUGGACAGAUGAACAAAUUGAAGGUUGGUAUAAAGUAUUAUUAAGAUCUCCACAUCGAUUCAAGAUUUUGGAUGAUAUAUUCUUCUUUGAGAAUCCAAAUAAACCAGUCGCUAAUAUCAAGGUCAAUAUCAAUAAUGAUAACAAUAAUAAUCAACAGAAUAAUCAAACACCAGAACCUGGUAAUGCAACUCCUUCCAAACGUACGAAUGCUAGAAAUGAACAAAAUAAAGCUUCAAGAGCAAAUCAUCGUAGAAAAAACCAGCAUAAUAAAAAGACAGCCAUUGAAUUAAAAGGCCUACAAAAUUAG